AAUCCAUAAACAAUUCAUCACUCUUCGCCAUCUGUGGCAAAAGAGAUUAAAUCUUUGGGCAGCUGCGGAAAAACCCAGCAAAUCCCGUCACGCAAACUCCAAGAUGAGGAAAUUUGCCGCUGAAAAAUCCAAAAAUUUAUUAGCCCACAGGAAAUUCCUGGCUGGCGGUUUGCUGCAUCCCACCGCUUCUUCUUCUUCACUCGUCUCGUCGCAUUCACAUCAUAAUCUGCUGCCUCAUUCGUCGCUCCUCCUGCGUUUCCUGACCACUUCUGCUGCCAAUCCCUCUGCCCCUUCUGAAUCCAUGUCUUCUGAUUAUUCCUCCACUCCUGUUAAGAUUGAUUCCAUCAAUCCCAAGGUUUUGGAGUGUGAGUAUGCAGUCCGCGGUGAAAUCGUGAACCUUGCCCAGAAAUUGCAAGAAGAUUUGAAGGUCAAUCCGGAUUCUCAUCCUUUCGAUGAGAUCAUAUACUGCAAUAUUGGAAACCCUCAAUCUCUUGGCCAACAGCCAAUCACCUUUUUCAGAGAGGUCCUUGCUUUAUGUGAUCAUCCUGCCAUUUUGGAUAAAGGUGAAACACAGGGGAUAUUUAGCGCUGAUUCCAUCGAGCGGGCAUUUCAGAUACUUGACCAGAUUCCUGGACGAGCCACUGGAGCUUAUAGCCACAGCCAGGGUGUCAAAGGCCUGCGCGACACAAUAUGCGCUGGCAUUGAAGCUCGUGAUGGAUUCCCAGCUGAUCCCAAUGAUAUCUUCUUGACAGAUGGUGCAAGCCCUGCGGUGCAUAUGAUGAUGCAGCUAUUGAUAAGAUCGAAAAAUGACGGCAUCCUUUGUCCUAUUCCUCAGUACCCUCUGUAUUCCGCUUCGAUUGCCCUGCAUGGAGGCUCUCUCGUUCCUUAUUAUCUCGACGAGGCAACAGGAUGGGGUUUAGAAGUCUCUGAUGUUAAGAAGCAAUUGGAAACUGCAAGAUCAAAGGGCAUCGACGUCAGGGCUUUAGUUGUUAUAAAUCCAGGCAAUCCCACCGGGCAGGUUUUGGCUGAGAGCAACCAACAGCAAAUUGUCGAGUUCUGCAAGAAGGAAGGACUCGUUCUUUUGGCCGAUGAGGUAUACCAAGAAAAUGUAUACGUGCCCGACAAACAUUUUCACUCGUUCAAGAAAGUUGCACGUUCCAUGGGCUACGGGGAGAAAGAUAUUUCCUUAGUUUCAUUCCAAUCCGUGUCGAAAGGUUACUACGGAGAAUGUGGGAAACGAGGAGGUUACAUGGAAGUAACUGGUUUCGCUCCCGAGAUAAGGGAGCAGAUGUACAAACUAGCAUCAGUUAAUCUUUGCUCUAACAUAUCCGGUCAGAUUCUUGCAAGCCUCGUCAUGAGCCCACCAAAGGUCGGUGAUGAAUCGUAUGAAUCUUACACCGCUGAGAGAGAUGCAAUUUUAUCCUCCCUAGCGAGACGGGCCAAGACUCUUGAAGAUGCACUGAAUAGUUUGGAAGGAGUAACCUGCAACCGGGCCGAAGGAGCAAUGUAUCUGUUCCCUCGCAUUGCCUUGCCAAACAAAGCAAUCGAAGCUGCAAAGGCGGUGAAAUCUGCCCCAGACGCAUUCUAUGCCCGUCGCCUCCUCAAUGCCACCGGAGUGGUAGUCGUUCCUGGUUCUGGCUUCGGACAGGUUCCCGGCACGUGGCAUUUCAGAUGCACGAUUUUACCUCAAGAGGACAGGAUUCCAGCCAUCGUGUCUCGCCUCACGGAGUUUCACCAAGCGUUCAUGAACGAGUAUCGCGACUGAGCAACGCUCGGUAGUUCGAAUUCUACGCACCAAGGUUAUGUCUGUACAAUUUAGGACCAUACAAAAAUGGUUUUGGUGAGCUAGAUUUGGGUAGCUCAACAUUAUAUCUUGGAAUUUUGGGUUCAUAAAUUGGUUGUUUCUUGACUCACAAUAAUAAAUGAAUUCGACUUGGAUGUUUGAUAUU